UAAAAAAGCUUGAAUAGAUCUGAAAUGAUAGUUGUGACGAGGGGACAAAGUUGGAAGAUGCUGGUGGCGGAGUGAUUGAUGUCGCAUAAAUCCAAUCCGGGAGAUAUCAAAACUCCAUUCAUCUCAAAAUAUCAAAUCUGAAAUCUAAUUUUGAUAUAUGUCAUAAAUGGUUGUGAUAUCUGGAGAUAUAGAUGAUUCGAGAGAUACCAGGAAUGAAAACCAAGUGUGGCAACCACCAUGGAAGAAGUGAAGAAGAUGCACAAUUCGAGAAAAGGGAAAGCUAAAGCCACCUUCGACAGUUUGAGCUCACGUGGUUCUCAAGGAAGACACCUCGUCUCUUCCUUCUCUACUAUCCCUGAUCAAUUCGUGGGCGACGCUAUGACGGAUCAAGAAUUCGAACAGUAUUUCGGAGGUAGAACCGACGCCAAUCUUCAAAUUCUUAAAGAUAUAUUCGAGGACAUUGAUGAAGCAGAAAUGGACGUGGAGCCUAUACUGCAGAGCAACAAUCCUACCGAGGCCGACAAGGAGGCAGGUGAGCCCGAGACCUCUCAAGGUCCAGGAAAAGCUGCGGCGAAUUUGAGGGCAAAUGUUGAGAAGGCGAAAACAAUAAAAUUUUUGUUGGGGCUAGAUGAUGAGCAGUUUGGCACUCUUUGUGGACAAAUCUUGGGUUCUCAACCUCUCGCAGAUUUAAACACAUCUUUUUAUCUUAUCACCCAAGAGGAGCGUCACCAUAGCGUUGUACGUGCUCGGGAUGAUUAUACAGACGCUAUGGCGUUUUCCGCUCCACGCACCGUGCCCAACACAUACCAGUGCACUCAUUGCGGUAAACAAGGACAUACAGCAGAUCGAUGUUACUUGAUUAUUGGGUUUCCGUCUUCGGGCCGAGGACGUGGUCGCACUUCAUCAAACCGAGGGGGAGGACGUAGCAAUCGUGGUGGCCAAACUUCUGCCCAGCCGCCACCCUCCAUUGCCGGGCAGUCCAGCAACCCAGCGACCUCGGCGAGAGCAUCCACGGCCAAUGUCGUGACUGAUGUGCCCAACUCCCUCUCUGCCAUGUCUUCGGAUCAAAUUGCACGCCUCUUUUCCAUGCUUGAUUCCACCCCUUCGUCAUCUGAUAAACUCCAAGAAAUGAAAAGGAACAAAGUGGUAGUGAAAAAAGGUGACGAUGAAUCUUCACAAAACACAACAACUUCAUCAUACGUUGUCCGCACCAUUAGGUACGCAGAGUGCCAAAGGAAUGUGGCGGCCAAUGUGGGAGGGUUUGCAGUUGACGGUUGCAGGGAGUUCAUGCCAAGUGGUGAUGAAGGAAGUGGUGGUGAAUUGACAUGUGCCGCAUGCGGUUGCCACCGCAACUUUCAUAGAAGGGAAGAAGAGGCGGUUGAGGUUGUGAAUGACCACAUAUCAUGUGCAGACUAAAACAAAUACUCCCUCUGUCCAACAUAGAUCUUCCCAGUCACUAUUCACAGGGUCAAACUUUACUCACUUUGUUUACUCAAUUUUACUAGUCAUUUCAUAAAAUAAUAUAUUCUUGUCACCUCUAGUUUUGUAGAACUUUUCAUGUAGUUUAUUACUAUAUAUAUAAAUUUUAUUUUAAAAUUUUACUCCUAUAAUCAAUUAAAUUGAAUUGA